GCUUAAGUUCUUUACUUACAGGUGGUACCUACUGGAGGUAUUAUUCCUCUUGCUGAUGCAGAAAUACAGAGUAGUGGUGCAAAAGCGGCUUCUUGUGCUCAAUUAGCUUUGCUGGCAUCUUCUUCUGCUAAAGUUUAUAGUGACCAAGGGGUGCCAGCUUCAUUUAAGGUCCCUGCUGGAGCAGUACUUCCAUUUGGUUCUAUGGAAAUGGCAUUAGAAACGAACAAGUUAACGGGGACCUUCACAUUGCUUGUCGAACAGAUAGAAACAGCUCAAAUCGAUGGUGGUGAACUUGAUAAACACUGUGAUGAUCUCCAGAAGUUAAUAUCUUCUCUACUGCCUGGACAAGAUGUCAUUGAAAGUUUGGGAAAAUUAUUCUCGGGUAAUGCACGUUUAAUAGUGCGUUCAAGUGCUAAUGUUGAGGAUUUGGCGGGGAUGUCAGCAGCUGGACUUUACGAUUCAAUUCCUAAUGUUAGCCCUUCAGAUCCGAUAAGGUUUGGACAUGCUGUAGCCCGCGUUUGGGCCUCAUUGUAUACUAGAAGAGCAGUACUGAGCCGUAGAGCUGCUGGUGUGCUCCAGAAAGAUGCUACAAUGGCCGUGCUAGUGCAAGAAAUGCUUUCACCGGAUUUAUCUUUUGUCCUCCACACUCUUAGCCCAACUGACAACAAUCAUAACUUCGUUGAGGCUGAGAUUGCACCUGGACUUGGUGAAACACUCGCUUCAGGAACGAGGGGUACACCAUGGCGUCUGUCUAGUGGUAAAUUUGAUGACACAGUCCGCACACUGGCAUUCGCCAACUUUAGUAAGGAGAUGGUUGUAGGUGGAAAUACUCCUGCUGACGGAGAAGUUAUUCAUUUGACCGUGGAUUAUAGCAAGAAACCUUUAACAAUCGACCCCAUUUUCAGGCGUCAACUUGGUCAGAGGCUUGGCGCUGUUGGUUUCUACCUAGAACGUAAAUUUGGUUCUCCUCAAGACGUUGAAGGAUGUUUGGUUGGUAACGAGAUUUUCAUCGUGCAAUCACGGCCCCAACCCCAGUGAGAGCCUGUUUUUUGCACUGAACUUACCUCAUAACAGUGUAUGUAUAAUUCAGCAUCUCUUUGAGAUGUACAUAGUUGAUUAAAGAAGCAAGCUUAUACUAGUCUUAUAGAAGUAGUUUAAGGUGAAUAUUCUCCCUCAGAUUGUGCAAAUCUGCUGUACUGGCUGUGACCUUACAUUCAUGUUAUUCUAGACAUUAAUAAAGUCACUCAUAUAUUACUAAGCUUC